CAUUCUACAAUCAACUUUUGAAAACGGCCUCCCUUCAGCUGCAUUGAGGGUUAUGGCAUCUUCUGAGGGGCGCAUCCAGAGAAUGCAGCCUGAGAGAGUGUAAAUAUGGCUGUUACAGUGGUUCACCGCAGGAGCUCAAGUAGUCAUGACAGAGGAAGAGGGUUCUGCUAUCUACUCUAAGAUGUCCUUUAAUGAACAACAGUGCAAGCAGCCAUGUGUGCCUCCUCCAUGUCUUCAAAAGACCCAAGAGCAGUGCCAAGGAAAUGCUGAGGAUGUGUGCCUCCCACCAUGCCAGGACCCCUGCCAGGAGAAGUGCCCAGUGCAAGUUCAGGAGGUGUGUCUUCCUCAGUGCCAGGAGUUAAACCAAAAAAGUUGCCCACAGCAAAGCCAAGACCAAUGCCCACCUCAGUGUGUGGAGCCAUGCCAGGAGCUACCUCAGACAAAAUGUGUGGAAGUUUGUCCACAGAAAGUCCAGGAGAAGUGCUUACCUCCCAGCAAGGGAAAGUAGCUUCUCAUAAUGCCAUGUGGGGUCAAGAUGGCCAACAGAUAAAAACCCAACCCAAUCCAAGCUAUUGUAGCCUUCACCUGUACGUGCCUCUCUGUGUACCCUCUUCUUGCCUCUUGGCUUCCUCAGUAUUCUAGGACUGGGUAUGUUUUCUCUGAAGACAUUUCUCUCUGUAUUUCAUCAAUCUCUGUGAAUUAAGUAUUGUUCUCAGCAGUCUAAGAGAAGAUUGCCACUGUAGGAAUAGUGCAGUUGUAAGGGGAGACCACAGAAGCCUAGUUCAGCUUCCUUGAGGCACAAAACCACCCAACCUUGAGUGUGUAACAGACAAGGAUGCUUUCAUUCAUAAUUCAGAGUAUCUGCCUCUCACUCAAGCCUCAAAGCAAGCUGAAUUUUGAUGGACCUUACACGAUCACCACCACUACCACCAUGAAUACAAAGAAGAUUACAGAAAUAAAAAAUUGGAUCAUUUAGUCUCUAAAAAAGAACAGCAAAUGAUUGGACAUUGAAAUGUUAGUUGUGCUUUUAAAAAUGAAAAACACGUAUACAUAAACGGUUGAAUCUUAACAGCCAAUAAGGACUGAUGAGAUGGGAUGUCUGGGAUCCUGGUUGAUCUUUGUGCUUGAUGUCUGAUCUGCUUUGGGCCCUGUAAUUUCAUGUACAUUCUUUAGAAAUGUGAUUUGUGUCUGUGUGGUGCAGGCUUUCUUCUUCCUGGUGAAGGUAAAAUACAGAAUAAAGUUGAUCCCAAGGCUGA